AUGCAGUUGACUGCCAUUAUAGACCUUACUCCCUCCAAUACAGCCGUUAUUCCCUCUAAUACAGCCGUUAUAAACAGUAUUCCCUUCAAUACAGCCAUUAUAGACCUUACUUCCUCCAAUAAAGCCGUUAUAAACGCUACUCACUCCAAUACAGCUGUUAUAAACGUGGCGCCCUCCAAUACAGCCGUUAUAGACCUCACUCCCUACAAUACAGCCGUUAUAGACGUGGUUCCCUCCAAUACAGCCGUUAUAGACGUUACUUCCUCCAAUACAGCCGUUAUAAACGUUACUCCCUCCAAUACAGCCGUUAUAAACGUUACUCCCUCCAAUACAGCCGUUAUAAACGUUACUCCCUCCAAUACAGCCGUUAUUCCCUCUAAUACAGCCGUUAUAGACCUUACUCCCUCAAAUAAAGCCGUUAUAAACGCUACUCACUCCAAUACAGCUGUUAUAAACGUUACUCCCUCCAAUACAGCCGUUAUAGACGUUACUUCCUCCAAUACAGCCGUUAUAAACGUUACUCCCUCCAAUACAGCCGUUAUUCCCUCUAAUACAGCCGUUAUAGACGUUGCUUCCUCCAAUACAGCCGUUAUAAACGUUACUCCCUCCAAUACAGCCGUUAUUCCCUCUAAUACAGCCGUUAUAGACGUUGCUUCCUCCAAUACAGCCGUUGUAGACGUUACUCCCUCCAAUACAGCCGUUGUAGACGUUAUUCCCAUUCAAUGGGUAAGCUGGCUCAAUGUACUGCUGAAAUGA